AAAGAAGGUGAUAAAACCAGGAGCAAUCGCAUCUCUGGGUUGUGGGAUUUCGUUGCGGAGCUUCGUCGCAAUAUCCGAUGGCGACGGUCACCACGCAGUUCGCUCGCUUCUCUUCCACUGUCCGAGCCUCCUCCGAAAUGGGACCGCGACCACGCCGCCGGCAGGUCAUCUCGGUCCGCUGCGGUGGCUCCCCAGAGGACAGCUCCGCUGCGAGCACGCUGGAUCCGAAUUUCGACAAGAAGGCGUUCCGGCAUAACCUCACUCGCAGCGACAACUACAAUCGCAAGGGUUUCGGCCACAAGAAGGAGACUCUUGAGCUCAUGAACCAAGAAUUCACCAGCGAUUUGAUAAAGACGCUGAAGGAGAACAAUUUCGAGUAUACGUGGGGCAACGUGACGGUGAAGCUUGCGGAAGCUUUUGGGUUCUGCUGGGGAGUAGAACGGGCGGUACAGAUCGCCUAUGAAGCUAGGAAACAGUUUCCGGAGGAAAAUAUUUGGAUUACUAAUGAGAUUAUCCACAAUCCAACUGUUAACAAGAGGUUAGAAGAGAUGGAAGUGCAAAAUAUUCCUGUGGAUGAUGGAAAGAAAAUAUUUGAUGUAGUAGACAAAGAUGAUGUGGUUAUUUUGCCUGCUUUUGGAGCUUCUGUUGAUGAGAUGUUCACUUUGAGUGAAAAGAAGGUGCAGAUUGUUGAUACGACUUGUCCUUGGGUCUCAAAGGUUUGGAACACUGUGGAAAAGCACAAAAAAGGUGAUUACACUUCCAUCAUUCAUGGAAAGUAUUCUCAUGAAGAGACCAUAGCCACUGCCUCUUUUGCAGCGAAGUAUGUUAUUGUGAAGAACAUGUCAGAGGCUAUGUAUGUAUGUGAUUACAUUCUUGGAGGUAAACUUGAUGGAUCUAGCUCAACAAAAGAAGAAUUUUUUGAGAAAUUCAAAUAUGCUGUUUCACCCGGAUUUGAUCCUGACAUUGACUUGGUGAAAUUAGGAAUUGCAAACCAAACAACAAUGCUUAAAGGCGAAACUGAAGAAAUUGGUAAACUGGUCGAGAAGACAAUGAUGCGCAAGCAUGGAGUAGAAAAUAUAAAUGAACACUUCAUAAGUUUCAAUACCAUUUGUGAUGCUACUCAGGAGAGACAAGAUGCCAUGUACAAGCUGGUGGAUGAAAAACUGGAUCUAAUUUUGGUUGUUGGUGGAUGGAACUCAAGUAACACUUCACAUCUACAAGAGAUUGCAGAGCUCAAUGGAAUUCCAUCUUACUGGGUUGAUAGUGAGAAGAGAAUUGGGCCCGGAAACAGAAUAAGUUACAAGCUAAAUCAUGGAGAGCUUGUUGAGAAAGAAAAUUGGCUACCAUCUGGUCCAAUCACCAUCGGGAUAACUUCGGGUGCUUCGACUCCUGACAAGGUUGUUGAAGAUGUCUUGUACAAGGUCUUUGAUCUUAAAAGAGACGAAGCAUUACAAUUGGCAUAAGAAGAAAACAUACAGCAAAUGAAAUUCUAAGACCGCAAUUAUUGCUACCAAGACUUAUUAUUGUUACAUUAUGUAUAGUUGCCCGUUUGGCCUUGGAUUAUGCAAUGAAUUGCCAAGAUUUUAGUUUUCUAAAUAUGGAGAUCAAAGUGCUAUCGUUGAGUUUCA